AUGCCCCUCCCUCAUCUUCUGGUCGGCAAGGUUGCUGCGAUUACAGGAGGUGUCACGGGAAUUGGUCGGGCCAUUGCCCUCGAAUAUCUCCGUCAUGGAGCCAAGGUGGCUAUCAAUCAUCUGGGGGGUCCGGAAGAAGAUCCUCUGCUCGAAGAUAUGCGGAAGGAAGUCUCUGAUAUCGUCGGACCAGAGGGGAAUCAAUUCAUCGCCGUGGCGGGCGAUGUUACGCAACCAGAAACCGGCCGGGAUUUUGUGACCAAGACAGUCGAGGCCUUUGGGCGACUGGAUGUAUUCGUGAGCAAUGCCGGUGUGUGUAGGUUUGAGGAGUUCCUGGAGGUCGAUCCGCAGCUUCUCUGUCAUACUGUGUCGACCAACCUCACUGGCGCUUUCUACGCGACGCAAGCUGCAGCACGACACAUGGCACUGGGACAGUCGCCUCCCGGGGGCUCGAUCAUUGGCAUCAGUUCGGUCUCUGCUCUGGUAGGCGGAGGGCAGCAGACCCAUUACACGCCCACCAAAGCGGGAGUUCUCAGUUUGAUGCAAUCGUGCGCCGUUGCCUUGGGGAAAUAUGGGAUCAGAUGCAAUGCUCUGCUACCGGGGACGAUCCGGACACAGCUAAACGACGAGGAUAUGAGUGACCCGAGAAAGAGGAAAUACAUGGAAGGGAGGAUCCCCUUGGGGCGGCUGGGUCACCCACCAGAUCUCGCAGGACCCGCGGUAUUCCUGGCGAGUGAGGAGCUGAGUGGAUAUGUUACGGGGGCUCAGAUACUUGUGGAUGGAGGACUCUUUGUGAAUCUACAGUGA